AUGAGUUUCAUCGGCGAGAUGAUCGAGGAGGUCGUCGGCAACAACAUCGACAGCCGCAAUGAGGCGCCCAUGGACCCGCCAUACGUGCAGCCUCCCUGGGUGACGCGCUGGGACGACGAGGCCGGCCGCUGGAUCUUCAUCAACGAGGCCACCGGCGAGCGCAGCUUCGAGAAACCCGUGUUCGAGGAAGCUGCCGAGGACUUUGGUCGCGCCGAGGAGCACGUCGAGCGCAAGUGGGACGACGGCGUCCAGGACGUCGAGGACCUGCCCGAGGACGCAGCCCGCUGGACCGGCGAGGCCGUCGGCGCAGUGGAGUCUGUCCCUGACCGUGUCGAGGAUGACUUCGACCGCGCCGAGGACAAGGUGGAGCGCGGGUGGGACAACACCGUCGACGCCGUGGAGGACGCGCCCGAGGACGUGGCCGGCUGGGUUGGCGAGGGGGUGGGCAAGGUGGAGCGGUUCGGAGACGAGGUCGGGGACUUUGGAGACAGCAUGGAGGCGAGCUACGACCAGGGACGCGACGAGGAGCGGUACGACUAAAGUCGAGGAAAUGUCUCUGCUUGGGUUGUAUGAGGACGAUGGUCAUAAUGGGGCCUUCUCUCUUCAAUGGGGUUGGCAUGGCCGUGCAGUCUUUUGAGGCCAACAAUACCGUCUCUGGCUGUAGUCAACAUCCCUCAAGCGCUUACGAUCGUCCUAUACAAAGACGACAAAACAUUGUUGUCAUUGUCCGUCAGAAAUAGCAGAUGAAUGCUAUUGAGUCUCCUGUAG